AUGAAAGAAUUGGCAAGGAGACAUAUUCCUAAAUACUGGAGACUGCGGCAGUCUGCUGAAGUUGUAGAAGAGGAACUCAGUGAUUAUGAAGAUUUAGACAUAAUAGAUAUGAUGCCAUAUGAUUUGGAUAUCACAUCUGUUGUGAAAGUUAAGAAUCCUUAUUUGUGGAGCUGCUACCAGCUAAAAAAGGCAGAGUACAGGAAACGAUAUGGCCACGUGUCAGAAGUAACAUUGUACCAUGCAACAGCAGAAGACAAUGUACAAUCCAUCAUUAGUGAGAACUUUGAUUGGAGGCUUUCUGUACGAACAAAAUUUGGCAGAGGUGUUAGCUUCAGUCCAGAUCCUAAGUACGCUAAUAGACAUUGUAAUAGCAAUGCUGGAUGUGCGAGAGCUAUGAUAGUUGCAAGUGUACUGGUAUCAAAUAAAUGCCAGGGUUCAUACUCUACUAAGAUACCCACCAAAGGUUGUGAUACAACUGUUGGGAACAAGGACAAAGUUUAUGUCAAGUAUUCUGAUAACGAGUUUUAUCCAGAAUAUGUAAUAUAUUAUAAUGAUGAUUCAGAGCUAUACUGA